AAAGACGAGUGCUAGGCGUUGCCGUCUCUCAAUCCAGAGUUGAUAUUCCGUAGUUCGAUCCUUUUCACACGGAUGGCCGAUGGACCUUGUUUCGUAUUUAUGCCAACCACCUGAAUGGGAGGAUGACCUGCAUCGGCCAUUGGCCUGGUUUCAGCAUCAGAUUUAUAUGCAGUUGUAUAGAUUCCGUUCCAAUAAUGUAAAUAUAUCUCAUCUGUGGUGUCGAUGAAGUUAAAUAAAUAUCCCGCAAUCCACGUGAUGGUGUCCCCCGCCAAAGAAAUAUUAUCCAUGCGGAAAUCGUCACAACCGGCCCUGGGCAAAGCAUCCAAGCUUUCAAAAAAAUCAAGAAUUGUAUAGCCAAGUUCAAUAGCCAGUGUCCCGAACGUGGCACCUAGCUUGCGCACACCGCUUAACCCUCUACCGCCUGAUCCAGCGAGAGCCUAAUUCCCUCCAAAACCCGAACCGCUCCACAGAGAGCAGUUAGCUAGCUAUACCAACGAUCAACACGCGCGGGGGAAACCAGGAAAGAAUAUACCGCCAUGACGGGCAAAGGGAUUAUGUCGAAGGAGGCAACGAACCUCGAUCCGCCAAAGGAUGAUCCAAUUUCGGUAGAGGAGCUAAGCAAAUCAGACGGCACUGAUCCAAAUCGCCCGACUCUCGUUGCGAUCAAGGGCGUUGUCUUCAACGUUUCUGGAAACCCUGCUUACGGACCCGGUGGUAAUUAUCACGUAUUCGCUGGAAAGGACGCUUCGCGAGCUCUAGCUUCUUCUUCACUGAAGCUAGAGGACUGCAGACCGGAGUGGCACGAUUUGCCUGACAAGGAAAAGGGGGUGCUGGAAGAAUGGUUUACCUUCUUCAGCAAGCGGUACAAUAUUGUGGGGAAGGUUGAAGGCGCUACGAAUACCUAAGACGUUCCUGCACAGAAAGGGGGGUGAGUAAGGGGAGAUAAUCCAGGGGGUCUCAACGAAUGAAUGACUUUUUUUUCUUGUAACAUUUUUUCUCUUUUCCUACCAGAUCUUCCUCUGGUCAUAGUCGCGUCUGGUGAAGGGGAGUAGGACUCCUCCUUUCUUUUCUCAUCUUUUGUGUUUUCAUGAAUGCAUAAUAUGGGUAACUCUACAAGUUCCUGAUCCAGAUAUAUGUAUACAUUUCAAGCGACGUCAUUGAGUUGCAUUCCAAAAUUGAGCUACACAGUGUGCAGGAAGGGACUCAAAUCGGUUGAAGAUGUUAGUAUGUAUAGAACAGGCUUAUUUAUGUGCAAGCUCAUGGUGGGUAAAUUUGCAUUGCUCCGAAUCUCGACGCCUGCAUAUAUAAGUAAUAUGAAACAAACUACAAAGCAGCGCAAAUAAAAAUGGCCCAAUCAACGAAUGUUGAUGGGGAUAUCGGUUAAUUCACUUCCUAUUCUUCCUCAGCAUCCUCUUUUUUGCAAUGAUUCUGUUUCUCUUCGCUAUCUGGUUAUCCUUCUCAGGCUUGGCGUCUUUCGCAUUAUCAGCCUUGUUUGCCGCUAUCGGAUUUGGAUUACCUUGCCCAGUAGCGCCUUCAGACCACUUUCGCUUCAUCCCCUGCUUGGCAGGGAAGCCGGGCUUUGAAGAAUCUCGACGAUUUGGGAAUGCGUUCUUUUGGGGACGUGCCUGCUGCCUCCCGCCUUCGUCGUCAUGGUUCCGCGAUUUUUCCUCCUUCUCG